GCAGUGCAGAUUGGAUCCGAAUCCUGGUAUCCGGCCGGAAAGCGCAGGCCUCGCACCGGGGACCGAGCUGUCUGCCGGGGGUAGUACUCACAGGGCUCGGCCAACGGGAGGAGGAGGGCCAGGCUUUAGGUUAGAAAUAAAGAAUUGGGAUAACACAAUAAAUUCAGACAUCAAACACAGGUCAGCCUGUCCCACCAGGAGCAGACUCUCUUCACUCUCAGAAUGAACAAGGACAAUCUGGUGACUGCAAAGGUCUUCAAUCUUACCCUGGAGAUCAUUAGCCUCCUAACUGGACAGGAUUGUAUUGUUGUCAAGAAUUCUGCUGGCUGCAAGACUAUGAAUCCUGAUGUAAUUUGUCCAUCUCGUUCCCCAAAACUGGGCAAAAAAAAAGAGCAGAAGAUCCUGGAACUGACCAAUCAGAUCAUUGAGCUGCUGACUGGAGAGAAUUGGAGCGGUCUUGAAGACCACAAGGAUCUUCUCAAGAUUGUGAAGACAGAGGAAAGAGAUGAAGCUCUUAAAAAACUUGACAUGAUCAACGUGAACAUGAAGGUGGUUUCCUGUAGUGAGAGCAGUUCGGAGCCAAGUACUAGUGAUCUCGAGGAUGCUUUGGAGAAGACAUUCUGUGGACAUUCCUGUACAGUUGGAACCAGAAAUGCUUCAGCCAGCCCAGUUUAUCCUCCGGAUUUCAGAGAUCCAGAAAACAUUGCGAAGAAUGUCCAGGCAAAGAACCCAAGUGAGCUGAAGGUCAGUGUUCUAUCCCAGGAAGAUGAUAUAGACCAGGCGUUUGGAGAAAUCGAAGUGCAGAUUAAGGAAGAGGACAUUCCUACAGAUAUCGGCACCGACAAUGAAUUGCAAUAUGUCGGCAAACAAAAUUCUCCAAAUACCCCAAAGGUGGCUUUGGAGAGGGAAGAGCCGUAUUUGACGAUGGUACAGGUAAAGGAAGAGGAGAUUCCUGCUGAUAUCAGCACAGAUCGUGAAAUGAGCGUUGAUACAAGUUGUCAUGCUGCAAGCAAGAUAAUGCAAACUAUACUUCCUGUUGUUUCAAGUCCGGCCACGUCCAUUGUUAAUCACACCUCUGUCACAAUACAUAGAACAAAAUGUGGCGAGGACAGACCGUUUCCUUGUACAGAAUGUGGAAAAUGCUUUGUUAGCAAAUCCCGCUUAAUUUCACAUCAGAAAACUCAUACUGGAGACAAACCAUUUGCAUGUCCCGAAUGUGGGAAGGGCUUUUUCUGUAACUCACACCUCGUUCGACAUCAGAGGCUGCACACUGGGGAGAAGCCUUUUGCGUGCUCCGAAUGUGGGAAAUGUUUUAGCCAGAGCUCCAACCUUGCCAUCCAUCAGCGAAUCCACACAGGGGACAAGCCAUUUGCAUGUUCAAUGUGCGAGAAAAGAUUUGUAUGCAACUCUCAUCUUGUCAUCCAUCAAAGGAUUCACACAGGGGAGAAACCAUUCGCCUGCUCAGAGUGUGGGAAAUGUUUUAUCAGUAACACUAUUCUUGUUGCCCAUAUGAGAGUCCACUCAGGGGAAAAACCGUAUGGCUGUUCUGUGUGUGGGAGAUGUUUUACACGGAAAUCAGAUCUUGUCGCGCACGAACGGAUUCAUACUGGAGAAAAACCAUUCUCCUGUUCGGAAUGUGGGAAAUGUUUUACUCAAAGUUCAUGUCUUGUUUCACACCGGAAAAUCCACGCUGGAGAUAAAACAUUUGUGUGUUUUGAGUGUGGCAAACGGUUUGCACAGAAAUCUGACCUUACAACUCAUCAGAUAACACACACUGGCAACAAAUCAUUCAUAUGUUCUGAAUGUGGGAAAUGUUUUAGCCAGUAUGCAGAUCUCCUCAACCAUCAGAAGUACCACAACGGACAAGAAGAGAAGGAAUGCUUUACGAAAACACAAACUGACGCUGGUGGACAGAAGAGCACACUUUUCUAAUAGCCACAUUUUUUAAUUCUAAGUGAUGUUCUCCGACACUGACAGUUACUUACUAAAAGGAAAAUUCGAAGUGAAUUUCAAUUUUAUUUUUUAUAUUUAUAGCUGACUUUGGCUAUUUUCACCUUGUAUUUGAAACGUACUUUGAAUUCUCACCUUAUUAAUAUCUCUUAGCUUUGUGAAAUCUCCAAACAUCCAUUUUCGCACACGUUGUUUCUUUCAGAAGCAGACCUGUUUGUACCAAAGAAAUCUCCUGUACUCUGAUAUUUAUGGGUGUAUUCUUUUUUUUAUGUGACCGGUAACAGAUAUUUUUAAGGUUAGGCACUUCAUAUUGUCAUGUUACUCUCUGCAGCUCCUUUCUAACUCAACUAAUUUGUGAGUUAAUUGAGCUCACCUUGACAUCUGCUUACAUCAAGGGAGUUCACAGAAGUAAAGUCACCAGCACAGUUUACAAACUGAAAUUUAGAAAAUUGUAUUCGGCUAGAAGUUUGCCAUAAAAUCCAACAUGUGCACUAUACAGUCUUCAUUACGGUACAUUUAAAUAGGCAAUUGGUGUCUAUUGUUUGAGCUAAACAUGCUGUUAUUGUAUUAGUGUCUGCAUUUUACAUAUGCAAACUUAUGUAGAUAUUUGGGAAACAGUGCAAUUUUUUUUU